ACCAAUGCGCUCGGGGAUCGUUUGCUCCGGUCUGGCAGCAGCGGGCGUGGCCAGGCGCGAGGCGGAUGGAGGAGAAGCAGCGGCGCGAGAGGAUCCAGGGGGGGUCCCCGCGCCACGCGCCGGAGGGAGCCGCCACGCCCGGGAUUUCCCUGCACGACUUCAGCGGGCGCGCGGGCGAGCAGCUCGCGCACUUCCACGUCAUGCGGCUGCGGGACUCGCUCUUCCUCUGGGUGGGGGCGGAGCCCGCGCUGCGCAGCCUGGCCGUGGCCAUGUGCAGCCCCCACGACUCUAUUCCAGUGUCUACUUCACUCCUGGGAGAUGCCUCUGAUACCACGUCAAAUUCUCUAGCCCAGCGACUAGCCAAGAAGACUAAAAAACAGGUCUUUGUUAGCUACAAUCUUCCGAACACAGACAGCAGUUUCAUGUUGCACAUAGAGAACAGAAUCAAGGAAGAAAUGAAGGCUUUUCCAGAGAAGUUCUGACUUUGCAUCAUUGUAAGCCAAUUCUUUUUUGUUUAAGAAAUAAACUGAUCAGGUUUCAUAUUGAUGGACACUGAGUUAAUAUUUUGGAACUUUGCUUUUGUGUUUGGUUAAAAAAAAUGGUAAAUCAAACUUAAAAAAAUAAAAAUGUAAGACAAAAAA